CUGGGCUGUCCCGGCUCAAUGUCCCGCGCACCCAAGGAGCAGUGACAGCUCAGGAGGGUGUGUGCAUUCUGCAGGGGCCAGCAUGGACCAGUCUGUGGCGAUCCAGGAGACCCUGGCUGAGAGGGAAUAUUGCAUCAUCGCCGUGCAAGGUGUGCUGUGCGAGGGAGACAGCCGGCAGAGCCGCCUCCUGGGGCUUGUGCGCUACAGCCCGGAGCGUGGCGGCGGUCAAGAACAUGCCCUCUUUCUGUAUACGCACCGGAGGAUGGCCAUUACUGGGGAUGAUGUCUCUCUGGACCAGAUAGUGCCAAUCUCACGGGACUUUACACUGGAAGAAGUGUCCCCAGAUGGUGAACUCUACAUCCUUGGCUCAGAUGUCACUGUCCAGCUGGACACAGCGGAGCUCAGCCUUGUAUUCCAGCUACCCUUUGGUUCACACACUAGGAUGUUCCUCCAGGAAGUCGCCAGGGCCUGUCCAGGCUUUGAUCCUGCGACCAAGGAUCCUGAGUUCCUGUGGCUGUCUCCAUACAGGUGCACAGAACCGCAGCCAGAGUCCACAACGCCCCGCGGUUGGAACUCUGCCCCAGGCGGUUCUAACUUUGGCAGUUCAAGGCCAAAUGGGAAAGGUCUGCCUGUGAAAGAAAGCUCCAGGGGUCAGGAUAAACCAGAAAACUUGUUCUCAAGACAGCCUAAAUCCAAGUCUGAAAUUACUGACAUGGUUCGCUCCUCCACGAUCACGGUGUCAGACAAGGCUCAUAUUUUAUCGAUGCAGAAGUUUGGACUGCGAGACACAAUUGUGAAAUCACAUCUAGUACAGAAAGAAGAGGAUUAUACCUAUAUCCAGAACUUCAGGUUUUUUGUGGGAACAUACAAUGUGAAUGGACAGUCCCCCAAAGAAUGCCUCCGGCCCUGGCUGAGCUGCGAUAUCCAGGCCCCAGAUGUGUAUUGCGUAGGGUUCCAGGAGCUUGAUCUGAGUAAGGAAGCCUUUUUCUUUCAUGAUACGCCAAGGGAGGAAGAAUGGUUUAAAGCUGUAACACAGGGUCUUCAUUCUGAUGCCAAGUAUGCGAAGGUGAAGCUCAUCCGCCUGGUUGGGAUUAUGCUGCUGUUAUACGUCAAACAGGAGCACGCAGCGUAUAUCUCAGAAGUGGAGGCCGAGACUGUGGGCACAGGAAUCAUGGGGAGGAUGGGUAACAAAGGAGGCGUGGCAAUCAGGUUCCAGUUCCACAACACCAGCAUCUGCAUUGUGAAUUCUCACUUGGCAGCCCACACAGAAGAGUAUGAGAGGAGGAACCAAGACUAUAAAGACAUCUGUUCACGAAUGCAGUUUUGUCAGGUUGACCCAAGCCUUCCCCCUCUCACCAUCAGCAGGCACGAUGUGAUCUUAUGGCUGGGGGACCUCAACUACAGGAUAGAAGAGCUGGAUGUGGAAAAAGUGAAAAAGCUCAUCGAAGAGAAGGCCUUUGAAACCCUGUAUGCAUAUGAUCAGCUGAAAAUUCAGGUGGCUGCAAAGACUAUUUUUGAAGGCUUCACAGAGGGUGAGCUCACAUUCCAGCCUACCUAUAAGUAUGAUACCGGCUCUGACAACUGGGAUACCAGUGAGAAGUGUCGUGCUCCUGCCUGGUGUGACCGGAUCCUCUGGAAAGGGAACAACAUCAAUCAGCUGAGUUACCAGAGCCACAUGGCCCUGAAGACCAGUGACCACAAGCCCGUCAGCUCAGUGUUUGACAUUGGGGUGAAGGUCAUAAAUGAAGAGCUUUACCGGAAGACUCUGGAGGAAAUUGUUCGCUCUCUGGAUAAGAUGGAAAAUGCCAACAUUCCUUCUGUGUCACUCUCUAAGCGAGAGUUCUGUUUUCAGAAUGUGAAGUACAUGCAAUUACAAGUAGAAUCCUUUAAAAUUCAUAAUGGACAAGUACCCUGUCAGUUUGAAUUCAUCAACAAACCCGAUGAAAAGUCUUACUGUAAGCAGUGGCUGAAUGCUAACCCCAGCAGAGGGUUCCUCCUGCCAGAUUCUGACAUUGAGAUUGAAUUGGAGCUCUUUGUAAAUAAGACCACAGCUACAAAGCUCAACUCGGGUGAAGACAAAAUUGAGGAUAUUCUGGUUUUGCACUUGGACAGGGGAAAGGAUUACUUUUUGUCUGUGUCUGGGAACUACCUGCCCAGCUGUUUUGGAUCUCCCAUUCAUACCCUGUGCUACAUGAGGGAGCCAAUCUUGGACCUACCACCUGAAGUUAUUAGUGAGCUGACUCUGAUGCCAAUAAAGACUGAAGAUGAUGGGAGCCGCUUGGAGAGCCCCAUGGAAAUCCCCAAAGAGCUCUGGAUGAUGGUUGAUUACUUGUAUCAAAAUGCUGUCCAGCAAGAAGAUCUGUUUCAGCAGCCAGGCCUGAGGGUGGAAUUUGAACAAAUCAGGGACUGUUUGGAUACGGGGAUGAUUGAUAACCUCUCUGCCAGCAGUCAUUCUGUAGCCGAAGCCUUGCUGCUUUUCUUAGAGAGCCUGCCAGAGCCUGUCAUCUGUAACAGUGCCUACUAUAACUGCUUGGAGUGUUCUGGCAACUACACAGCAAGCAAACAGGUCAUUUCUACUCUCCCCACAUUCCACAAAAAUGUCUUCAACUACUUGAUGGCGUUUUUGCAAGAGCUGCUGAAAAAUUCAGCAAAAAAUCAUUUGGAUGAGAAUAUUCUAGCUAGCAUAUUUGGCAGCUUACUGCUUCGAAACCCAGCUGGUAAUCAAAAGCAUGAAAUGACAGAGAAGAAGAAGGCUCAAGAAUUUAUUCACCAAUUCCUCUGCAACCCACUUUGAGCCUCUUUAUCUCCACCUCUGUUUUACUCAAGGCAGCCAAUUACCAGCUCUACCUGUUCCAGCUGAAGAGAUGCUGUAAGAUUAUGUGAGGCCGCUUGGAAAGAAGAUUGGCAGCUGUCUGUUUCCUGAGCCUAGCACACUCAGUGCUACUGUGAGUUGUGAAGACAUGGGGAAAAUCCACCACAAUGAAACUGACAUUUGAUGUUUAACUUUGAUUAUUUAACACAGAUAGAUCUAUAUUCUUUUUUUUUAAUUUAAAAAUUUAAAAGUAACUAUACUUUUGUUUACUCAACCUGCCUCCAGGGCAUAGUUAGUACUUUCCCUGUGACCUGGGCUGAGCUCCCCGUGGUCAGAUAUUUGAACAGACCUUGGAGUCCUGAAAGGAUAAUGAGAUGGACAGCAAGAAUGCAAGUGGAAACUGCUGGAUAAACAGGCCAUGGCUUCCCCCAAGUGCUUCCAGUGCUCAGUUUGAAUACACUUGUAUAUGCAGAUUAUACCACUCUUCCUACCUGGAUAAGGCCAUGCAGCCUAUGAAGGCAAUACAGUGGUUUAAAAAUGGAAACACUGAAGGAAACGGCUGUUCUGAUAAAACAAGUGAGAUUUUCUUGGCCAACAAAUCCUCCAAACUGUAUAUGAUGCAUCCCCUUUCUCAUAUUUGUAAUAUAUUUUGAUGAUAAAUGUAUUUUUAACAGCA